UGAUUGGCUGUAGACCACUGUCAAUCAAUGGCGGCACGAAGGACCGCCCUGUGUCUUCUGUGUCAUUGCUAGCUUGCUUGCUAGCUUGUAAAUGAAUCUUCAUUCAAAGAAGGAGGACUGCAGCAACAUGUUUUAACAAGGAUACAAAAACGCUUCAGUACAGCGGAACAGCGCCAGGACAGGAGUGAAAUAUGCGAGGGGGCGGAGCUUCAAUCCCGCCCACCUGUCGUCUUCCCGCCGCCGACAGACACUGGUGCUAGCCUAUUGGCACCGUCCUGCCCUGCCUUCCCCUCCCUUGGCCGCCACCACAACCACCGGCAAUCUGUGAAGCCAAUGGGCGGCUGCCUCAGCCUUAAGUAGGCCAAGCCGCUUCCUGGUUCUUGAAGGAGGGGUUGGAGUGGGCCAGUCCAGCCGGAGGAGGAGGAGGCAGUUACUGGAGGUGCUGACCGGCAGUGGAACCAAAGUUGAGUGAGACGCAGCAGUGACGGAUUAAAAAAAACGCGUGCAGUGGGAGACUGUGGACUUGUUGUUGUUAUUAGUGUUAUUAUUAAACGCGUGGAUUCUACUUUUUUGCCGAGAAAAAACUAGGCGCGGUGGGUCGACGCAAACCAGGAAGUGCAUGAGUGAGGUGGGAAGCACAGGACAGGUGACACAGGUUGUACGACCUCGGCUGACCUCUGAGAGGACGACAACAACAAAAGUGGAGUGAGACGGAAAACAGGCAGGCAUCUUCUCCGGUGUUUAUGGACUGCAGGCGGUGAUGUCUCCAGGCGAGGACGGUCUGAUUGGGAUCCCGUUCCCGGAGCACAGCAGCGAGCUCUUGUCCCACCUCAAUGACCAGAGGAGGACGGGGCUCCUGUGUGACCUCACGCUGACCUCCCGCGGGGCACGCUACCCGACUCACCGCUCUGUCAUGGCCGCCGUCAGCCUCUACUUCCGCCGGCUCUUCGGUGCAGAGGAGGGCGGCGGCGAGGGCGGCGGUGGUUUCAGCGUGUGCCAGCUGGACUGCGUGGCGCCCGACGCCCUGGACGCCCUGCUGGAGUUCGCCUACACGGCCACCCUGACCAUCCCCAGCUCGGGCAUGAGGGAUGUCCUGCGAGGGGCGCAGCUUCUGGGCAUCCAGUGCGUGGCUGACGCAUGCAGGGACAUCCUGGGGGAGAAGGAGGAGCCAAGUGAGGAGAGGGAGGAGCAGAGGAACCAAAACACGGCUGCUCCUAGGAGGCUUGAGGGUGAGCCGGAUGGAGAGCACGGAUCCCGAAGAAAGACGGACAGAAGGAAGGUGAAAAAGAUCGGCUCAGAUGACACCACUCCGCCGACUGCUUCUCCCGUCUCGUACCCUUCGCCUCUAUCUGAGAGCCACCGCUCGCUGCCCCCAACCCAGCCCCCCAGCCCUGAACAAGAGGAGCUCCUCUUCAGGUGGAAGCAGAAUGGAGAUCCCAGAGCGGUCAGAGGACCAGUGAGGGGGGCCACACUAAACGGAGGAUACCUACAUUGGCCGGUAGCACACGCACCUCCCGUCCCGCCCCUCGAGGACAAGUUGUCCGAGGACGACGACAUGGACGGCUUUGGCAACGAAUCCACGCUGAUGGAAAGCACCUCCACGACCUCCGUGGCCGAGCGAGGAGGAAGAGGAGUCGGGACGGCGGCGGCGGCAGUGGGAGGAGGUAGGAAGAGGAAGUCUCAAACACCCCAGCAGUGCCCCGUCUGUCAGAAGAUCAUCCACGGAGCGGGAAAACUGCCUCGCCACAUGAGGACGCACACAGGAGAGAAGCCCUUCCAAUGCUCCGCCUGCGGGGUUCGCUUCACCAGGAAUGACAAGUUGAAGAUCCACAUGAGGAAGCACACAGGCGAGCGCCCCUACUCGUGUCCUCACUGCUCCGCCCGCUUCCUCCACUCGUACGACCUGAAGAACCACUUGUCCCUGCACAGCGGGUCACGGCCCUUCGAGUGCCUGCUCUGCCACAAGGCCUUCGCCCGGGAGGACCACCUCCAGCGCCAUCGCAAGGGACACAGCUGCCUGGAGAUGCGCACCCGCCGGCCCAGACGAGGGCCCGAGCACGGGGAGGAGUGCGGGGCGGACGGUGAAGUGCGGCACCCGGAGCCCCCGCGGGCCCACUCCUCGGCCUUCCUCCCGCCCACCAUGCUGGAGGGCGGCAUGUUCCAGCGGGAUGCCGACAGGGAGCGCUCGCUCGCCCUUCAGGCUCUGGCCCAGCUCAGCCCGCACAGGUUUGCCAGCUACCAGGGGCUGCUUCUGCGAGAGGCGGACCCCAAGAAUUCAGGGGGAGCCCACUCGCUUGCUGCGCAGCGUAACCGCUGGCCGCAGGAAGCGGGGGAGAAGAUGGGUGAGGAGGAAGCGGAGGAGGAAGAAUAGUGAAUGUGUGUGUGGUGAAUGAUCCACAUUAAAAAAGAAGAAUGUCACUCGGGGGGGGGGCUGGAUGACUACAUGAAAUGACCUGCUGCUCCCCACAGGGCGCUUAAAAACUAUCAAGGAAAAACGGGUUUUCAGAGAAAUUUGAAAUGUUGGUUUGUCCACUGGCGCUUAGCAUUUAGGGGUGGGCCAUCCUGCAAAUUUUGGCAUCCAUCCGAUUCCAAGAAAAUGAGUGACUUUUGCCUCCAAUUUGCUGAUCAUGAUUGGAAACCCGAGCAAGAGAAUAUAUUUCCAUUAACAGACGCAUUUCUGAACCGUUUAAAAGAACGUCUAGCGACUUAGCACAGACUUAACAAGGUUAGGGCUGUCAAAAAUAGCUCAUUUAUUUCAUUCAUGACGUAAACUACUUCAGGUGUGGAAAAUAAAUCAUUAAAGGUGCCGUUCUUUAUUUAGAACCCAGCAAAAGGGGCAGAUGUCACACACGGUGAUUAAUCAGGAUUAAUCUAUUUGAUUACAUGUUGUACUCAUUUGACAGCCCGUCUACAGAACAUCAUCCUAGAGACAAAAGAGGAGUGGAAAAAAUGGCUGUCGUCACGCUGGUAUGGAUCCAAUCCUGACACUGCGCUCGGUAUGGCCCGGCCCGCCCCGGCCCGCCCCAACAGCCUUCAUGGGUUCUUGUUUGCUGAUCUGUCUUUGACGUUUGGGUUGUUUCCUUCCAUGUGUUUUGUUUCUCGCUCGUGCUGCAAAAUAUGCAAACCCAAAGUCCAGCGCCGCAUCACGGAGCAAAAAAACCCAAACAAGAUGAAUCCUUUUUGGUUUUUUCUGUCCAGACUAAAUGAGCUUCGCGCCCCCACGAUGCCCCCCGGUGGCGAUGAGGUGCAGCCAAAUUCAUCCACACCAGCAAGUCCUGGAAACAAAGAUUUUGGUACUUUAAAACGACACAAAAACGGAAUUGUAGCCAUUGUUGGGUUCCAAGAACUCCUUCAAGCUUCCUCACGAUUCUGCUUCCAUAUUUGGAGGCUUGAAUGACCAAAAGAGACCAAGUCUUGGUCAGUGUCCUCUUCAAGACUCGAUUUCAGUCUUCAACGCACGCAUUUGGCUUCCUUAUUAGCGCAAAACAAGGGGAGGGGAUGACGAGAUGAUUGGUAUUUAUUUAUUUAUUCUUUGUAUUUAUUUGUUUCUGCUGAUCAAGUACAGGGUUGGAUGCGUCUUCGUCCUCGUGUGUUACGUGUGAGAAUCUUUCCAGGCAUCGGUCAGACCGUUUGUCAGCCCGUGCCAGCGCUUUGCACAUGCCAGCCCUUUUUAGCUGAGAUUCUGAGGGGAAAAAAAGUUGCAAAUUUACAAGAAAUAUUCUCAUAAUAAAAUUAAUGAGAAUAAAGUCGUAAAUUUACGAGAAUUUAUAAGAAAAAAUGAGCAAAUCUACAAAUAAAAACCAUGUAAAUUUCUGAGAAAAAAGUGGUUCAUUGACAAGAAAUAAAUUCAUAAAUUUACGGGAAAUUUAUGAGAAAAGAGAAUAGAGAGAGAAAAAAAAAUGUUCGUCGAUUUACAACUUUAUUCUCUUAAAUUGACGAGAAAAAAGUUGUAAAUUUAUGAGAAAAAUGUCGUAAAUUCACAAGAGAAAGUUGUCAAUUUAGGAGACUAAAGUCGUAAAUGGAUGACUUUUUUACAACUUUAUUGUCAAACUUCGGACGAUACUCAAAAUCAAAUCAAAUGAUUGUAAUACUCCCGUUGCCUGUUGCGACACCGUAUUAACAAUCACAUUUCAAGAAUAAAAAUGAAAAAAGUGUAAUGAUACGAGAAUAAAGUCGUAGAUUUACAACUUUAUUCUCGUAAUAUUACACUUUUUUUUAAUUUACAACAAUAAAGUCUUAAAUUUACAAUUUUAUUCUGGAAAUCUCAGAGUACUUGAACACCCCGUCGUAGCAGGCGUUGCCUGAGACGGCUAUGAAAAUGGGGGGAGACUUGGGCUAGCCAUGCUAAUGUGUUUGUGCUCAAAUGCUCCGUUUUGCUGCCACGUUAUAAAUAAUAUGCUCCAUUUUCCGUCUGACACGUAGUAUUAGCACAUUAUGCUGGUCAAUUUAUGGCUUUAUUCGCGUAAUAACUUCUCGUAAAAACUUUUUUUCUCGUAAAUGUACGACUUUAUUUUCGCUUUUUUUUCUCUCUGAACUUUAUUCUCGAAAUUUCAGACUGAGAUUUUAACGUGAUUAGAGCCCUGUGGGCAUGAAAUAGCACCCCUAUAGUCACCUUUACACUCCCAUUAGCCAAUAGAGCAGACAGAAGAAGAGAAAAUGACACUUAUUGGGCACAGAACACCAAUAAAACCCGUGCUCGUGUGUCGGACAGGAAGUGACGUUGGGGGUUCAGAGUUGAGUUUUAGCGUGUCGUGGUUUACGGCCUAACAGUAUACGGUGGUGUUAUUGUGCCUGUUGUGAGAUCAUUUAAACCAGCAGUAAAUCAAGCAGAAAAUGCUGAAUUCUGGCAAAAGAACCAUACAAGUUGCAUUUAUGGGGCAUAUUUUUUGGCUGCCAAUCCACCGUGAAACAUUUAUGAAUUGAAUAUACGUUUGAAGUGAAGCUGUGAAACUGGAAGGGAUGACUGCCUUUAUGUUGGACAGAUGUUGUGUUAUCUUAGUCAUCUUAGUCAAGCGUCAUUAUUUGUCAUGUGACCUGAUAAACUGCUAAUGUCAAAAAACACGUGACCUGAUGAUGCAGAACACGUAUUGAUGGUUUAUAGCUGAGCCAACAGCACGACACUGCUGGAGAAUACCUUGUCCACUAUUAGUUUGCUCAACGAGGCUGCCAACAACACGUUUGGUAAUUGGCUGGUGAGGUUUCUUUAGUGCGGCGAGUUAGGUUGACUCACCGGCGGAGCACGGUGGGAAUGACAUGGCAUGACGGGACGCCUCGCGGCCACGUUUAAAAUCGUAAUCAUCAUCUGAGAUUUCAGGAAUAAAUUUGUAGAGAAUAAAGUGUUCAUGUUACGCGUGAAGGAAACGUUCCUCUUGCUUCAGGCAAGCUUUUAUUGACAACACAUUAGCAUGGCUAGCUAGCCCUUCUCACUUCCGCCUUCCUCACCCGCCCCUCCACAUGCCCAAGGCCAAAGGUCACAUAAGCCCCCCCCCCGCAAUAUUUUUUCUCGUAAAUUUACGCCAAUAAAUUGUGAAUUUACAUUCACUUCAUUCUCGAAAUCUAUUUUAUUUGAAUACUCUGUGGUAACAGGCAUUAACUGAGACAGCAACGAAAAGGGGGGACUUAUGUGACCUUUGGCCGUGGGCAAGGGUAAUACGACAAGGUAUUUACGACCUUUUUUUAUGACAACUUUAUUCUCGUGAUAUCACAAGGUUGUUUUUUUUUUUGCAACUUUAUGACAAAGCUGUAAUUGUACGAGAAAAAACUCGUAAUAUUAUGAGAAGAAAGUUGUACAUUUAAACUUUUAUUAUUCAAAUUUAAAACUUUUUUUCAACUUUUUUACCUUUCCAAGAAUAAAGUUGCAAAUUUAAGGGGUUUUUUUCUCAUAAAUUUACGACUUUUUUUUCGUAGUUCCGACUUUAUUCUCGUAAAUUUACCACUUUAUUGUCGUAAAUUUCUCAUUUUUUCUCGACAAUUUACGACUUUUUUGUCGUCAAUUUGACUUUAUUCUCAUCAUAUUACAACUUUUUUCAACAAGAAGUCAAGAAGGAAAGACUUUACUCUCGUAAUAUUACAACUUUCUUUAACGAGAAAAGUUGUAGAUUGGCGAGAAACGCCGUGAAUCUACAAACUUUUUUUCUCGUAAAUGUCCAACUUUAUUCUCUAAAUCCGAGAUUGCUGUUUUGCUUCAAUGUGACCCCAAUACUCCAGCGUACUAGCUUGUUCAGGCUCUGACUUUAUUUUCAUGUCCAAAUAGCUCCUUCCUCUCAAAGACUGCGACAGGGUGCGAUGCAAUGGCUUUAAAAAUGACGUUAUUUUUGGCGGUGGCAACCAGUUUGGGGCUUUGUGUGCACUAUCUUCUACUUUUUGUCUGUAGCGGCAACCUUGAUUUGUAAUCUUCUUUUGGACUGAUGUGCAAGUCACACGGGACCACUUAAGACUUAUUUGACAUUAAAAUGCAGUUACUACAGAGUUGUAAUCCAAUGUCAUGUGAUGGGAUGAACUUGCCUUAGGUUGUUCUGUGCUGCAUCUCUUCUCAGGAACUCUUGAGCAAUGCACUAAUAUGAAAUAUCAAAUGGGUGGAAAAAAUGUACGUAGUUUGGUGCUGUGCACAGAGACGCUCUUCAUGCAAAUGUAAGGCCGGUACUUUCAAAAUAAGACAUGCUGGCAUUGAUGGAAACUAUUGGACUGUGUGUCAAUAUGCACACUUCCGUACUCGAGUGUAAGUGCACUCAAAAUGCUAAGUGUGCGGAUGAAGACAGCCUGUGUGUCCCAUCCAAAUGUAGUGAAUGAAUGAGUGAGUUGAGGGUGACCGAGUGCCCGCUGUGAAGUGUCCAUCUCUUUGUUUUCUUGGCUUCAAAGGGUGAAGGGACGAGGGUCCGAGACCAUCAGGGAUACAUUUUGGUUUUGUUUCCUCUUUGGCGGAGGUAUCCGCUCAUGUAAGGAAGAGAAAUAAAAGAUGUCUAAGCUUUAA